GUCUUGCAUUUAUAAUCGGAGGAUUCACAUCGUAGUGAGUGAGAUCGGAAAGUGAAAAACCGGAAGAAAGAAAAAAUCCAUUUUCUUCGAGAAGUGAACAGGCGUGGAUUGAUUUCUUUGAGUUUAAUUUUUUUUUAUUCUUUUGCUCUAAGUUUCUGACAUUUCCAAUGUUUUUGGAUUAAAAACCAUUGGAGCAAAUCAAAAGGAAUAUUGAAGCAAGUAAAAAAGCCGAGUAUUUUUAGAUAAGCCAAUCAGACCAAAGGCUUAUAAAAUUGGUUAGAAAAAAUGAUGCUUCUUUAUAUGCUAUCAGUUGUCGUCAUCUGCACGGCACAGGAAGCUACACAAUUCGUGAAAUUAGAUAACGGAAAUGGGGCAAAAGCUCUGAAGCAACUAGAAAAUGGUGAAGAUUUAAUGAGGCAGAUUGGAGAGAUGGGAUUGCUUUUAGAGAAUUAUCGAAGGGUCAUUUUGAGUGGGAUCACGGAAGCACCCGACGUUUGCGGGUUUAUUGAAAACCUAAGAGAAAGCAUUGAAGCUAGCGACAAAAUUCCGGAAAAUAAUUUAAUAAGAAAGGAACACUUGUCGGAAGAUGAAACGGGCAUCAAAUUGUACAAAAAUAUCCUUCAAAGCAUUGAUGAUCCAGUAUUGAAAUCACAAUUCUUUUUAAUGCUCCAAACUCAAAUUGAUGAAUGCUUUGAUCUUGAUUUUCCAAAUCAAGUUCUAGCUAAGCGCGAUCGAAGCCAGAUGCAAAAGAUUCGUUUUCAUUCUUGGGGAGGAAAACGAGCACGAGGAGCACCGAAGAUCGUAAUACGAACACCAUUCCACUCAUGGGGUGGUAAAAGAAGUGGCAAAGAAGCUUAAUCGCACUAUAAAAUAUCACGAAUGUGAAAUAUUGUACAUUUGAAGAUUAAAUAAAAUUUUUAUUUAAUUUUUGACUCACCAUUCUGA